AUGCACAUUGUAGUGGAUUUGAAUGCUCCUUUUGCAGUGCAUGCUGGCAGUUGCGUGUGGCGGCUGUUGUCUUCUUCCGUGGCCAUGAGGAGAAGGGAGGAGGAGGGAGAGGGUGUGCGCAGCCCGAGUCUCUUUUCCUGCGGGUGUGGUGCACCGCGUGUGGCUGCGUUGAGUUUGGCUCCGUGUCCCAUUGAGGGCGGGAUGGCUGGAAAUUUUGGUGCCGCGUCAUGGAUGGAUGAGGGUCCACUGUCGUGUGGCUGGUGUGGUGGGUGCUCGCUCCGUGGGGCUGUAGCGAUGAGUUGGGGGAGAUGGUGGUGGAUAUCUUCUUCUCCUGCAUGGUGGGUGGCUGCUGGCGUUGUGUGCCUUCCUUGCGUGGAUGCCGUCUCGUGGUGUGUGAACUGUGCGGCUGGGCCUGCUGCCCUCUCCUCAUGUUGUCUGCUCUCUCUCGCUGUAUCCGCUGCACUCCGUCCCUUUCCCUCUCGUUCCAUUCCUUUUCCUUCUGUCUCACGGAUCAGCUCACUGACUCCAGUGACUCCACUACGGGUGAUGAUGACUGCGAUAAUGACGAUGGUGACGGUGCGGCUCCGUGUGGUGUGCGCCGUGAUGGUCCUUGCGCUCUUGUGCUGCUGCUGCACGUCCGUGUGCGUGAUGGGUGCUGGGAGUGCUGGACAUGUAUCUGGUGAUGCGGAUGCGGUGGUUGUGCCGGUGGAUGUGUUGUGUGCUCCGAGUGACGGCAGCCUGAGCUAUCGCGUGCGUGCGUGUGUGUGGGUGUGGAAGAA